AUGAUGACCAAACCAAUUGAAUUGCCCUAUCAAAUAACACGAGGCUUAAGGACGAAAUGUGAAGAAUUUAAGCAAAAUAUAUUAAGCAAUGAUUUCGCCUUAAUUUUAGUUACUGAAUCAUGGUUUUCUGAUGACUUCUACAAUGGCGAGAUAUGCGACGAUCGAUACGAUAUUUUCAGAUAUGAUCGUAAGAAGGGAACAUCUUCCAAGAACAUUGGUGGAGGGGUCUUAUUAUGCGCAUUAAAGAUUUUACAAGUACAACAUCGAUCUGAAUGGACAUGCCCUACUGUUGAAUCACUUUGGGUAACUAUCCCUUCCAGU